AUGUCAAUUCGCCAAGCCUCAGUGACGGCCCCCGUCAACAUAGCAGUAUGUGCAGUAAACGCAUUUUCCUUUUCCUCCUCUCCCCCCCUCCCAUCUUCCGAUUUUGCGCCAACAAAAACAAAGGUACUAACUAAUCCAAUAGACAUUGAAAUACUGGGGUAAAAGAGACAAGAACCUAAACUUACCAACCAAUUCCUCGAUAUCAGUAACGUUAUCACAACGUGAUCUCCGUACGCUCACAACGGCAUCAGCAUCACCAACUUUUGCCGAGGACAAACUCUGGCUCAACAACAAGCCCGAAUCACUCGAUACCCCACGUACGCAAGCAUGUCUUGCAGACUUGCGGGCAUUGCGUUUACAGCUCGAAGAACUGGACCCGCAACUUGCUCCCAUGUCGACUUGGAAAUUACACAUUGUCUCCGAGAACAACUUCCCCACUGCCGCGGGGCUCGCGUCCUCAGCAGCUGGAUUUGCCGCGUUGAUCUAUGCCGUGGCUAAGCUUUACGAAUUGCCUCAGUCACAUACGGAAUUAUCCAAGAUUGCGCGCCGAGGCUCCGGGUCAGCUUGUCGCUCGUUAUUUGGCGGAUUUGUCGCUUGGGAGAUGGGAUCGCAAACGGAUGGCUCAGACUCGCAAGCUGUUGAAGUUGCGCCAUUGGAACACUGGCCUAGUUUACGCGCGGCAAUCUUGGUGGUGAGCGACGCUAAGAAGGAUACUCCUAGUACUUCCGGGAUGCAGCUCACGGUGCAAACUUCCGAUUUGUUUCAACGCAGAAUCGAGGAUGUUGUGCCUCGUAGGUUCGACGAGAUGAAAAAGGCCAUUGUUGCAAAAGAUUUCGCCAAGUUUGCCGAGUUGACGAUGAAGGAUUCAAAUCAGUUCCACGCUACUUGUUUGGACUCUUACCCGCCAAUCUUUUACCUUAAUGAUACUAGCAGGAGGAUCAUCAAAUUAGUUGAACAAGUCAAUGCCGAUGGCGUUGUUGCUGCUUAUACUUUUGACGCUGGUCCCAAUGCUGUGAUUUACUACGAUGAAAAGGAUGAACUGAAGGUGUUGGGGGAGAUUUACAAGUAUUUCAGUGGUGUUGAUGGAUGGAACGGUAAGAAAUUUGAUGAUGUUGCUGAAGAGCAGAUCCCUGGCGUCUCGAGAGUCAUUUUGACUUCAAUUGGCGGAGGUCCUCAAGUGACCCUGGAAUCGUUGAUUGAUGAGGCAGGAUUACCAAAGAGCGCAAAAUCAGUUUAG